CAAUAAAUGGGUAAAGACGUAACGCUGCAUAAUCUGCCUUCAAAACACAAUCUUCGUCUCGAUUCUUGCACAAAUCUUCAUUUAGUGCAGCUCUGGAUUGCUAAGAAUGUGCAUUCAAAACGUAAACAAAUCCAUUCAUUCAUUACUCGCAGGGGAUUUGCAUUCGCCACAAGCACUUUUAUCCAAAAUACGCUUAUCAACAUGUAUGUCAAUUGUGGUAGUUUGAUGGCAGCUCGCAAAGUUUUCGACGACAUGAGAGGAGAAGAACGAGACAGCUUCUCAUGGAAUGUGAUGAUUGCAGCGUACCGAAGAGAUGGAGAUCCUCAGGAAGCAUUGACAUUGUUUCACCAUAUGCAAUUAACACCUGUUUCACCCGAUCAGAUCACCUUUGCCACCAUUCUCCCAGCCUGUGCCAAAAUAAGAGCUUUGGAAUUGGGUAUUCACAUCCAUCAAAGCAUCGUCCAAAGGGGAUUUCUUUCUGAUGUUGUGGUGGCCAACGCUCUGCUAGACAUGUACUCAAAAUGUGGGAACAUAUCUAAAGCUCGUGAACUGUUUGACAAAAUGCCUCAACGAGAUGUUAUUUCGUGGAAUGUGAUGAUUGCAGGGUAUGCACAAAAUAAUGUUCUUGAUGAGGCUUCAAGGCUUUUCAGAGAAAUGCCUCGACCAGAUGUCGUCUCGUGGAAUGCCAUGCUUGCGGGGUAUGCACAAAAUGGAUUUUUUGAAAAUGCCUUUGCCAUAUUUAGGCAAAUGCAAUCGACAGGUUUCAAGCCAAACUCCACAACCUUUGCGAGCAUCCUCUCAGCCUGUGCGAAAGUGGGAGCUUUGGAACAGGGUAUGGACGUUCAUCAAAGUAUAAUCGAAAGUGGAUUGUUGUCAGAUGUCUUAGUGGUGAAUGCUCUGAUAGACAUGUAUGCAAAAUGUGGAGAUAUAUGCAAAGCACGUGAACUGUUUGACAAAAUGCCUCAACGAGAUGUGGUCUCAAUGACUGCAAUAAUUACUGGAUUUACGCAUAAUGGGUUUGUUGAAGAGGCCUUGGAAACUUUUAAGCAAAUUCACUUGACAGGAGUAAAGCCAAACUCUACAACCUUUGCCAGCAUUCUCUCAGCCUGUGCAAAAAUGGGAGCUUUGGAACAGGGUAUGAGUAUCCAUCAAAGACUAAUUGAAAGCGUAUCUUUGUCUGAUAUUGUAGUCACAAAUGCACUGGUAGACAUGUAUGCAAAAUGUGGAAGCAUACGCAAGGCAUGUGAACUGUUUGGCAGAAUUUCUCAAAGAGAUGUGGUCUCAUGGAACGUGAUGACUGCAGGUUAUGCACAAAAUGGGUUUGUUGAGAAAGCUUUAGAGAGUUUUAAGCAAAUGCAAAUGUCAGAAAUAAAGGCAAACUCUACAACCUUUGCUGGCAUUCUCACAGCCUGUGCCAAAAUGGGAGCUUUGGAACAGGGUAUGGACAUCCAUCAAAGCAUAAUUGAAAGCGGUUUUAUGUGUGAUGCUGUAGUUGUUAAUGCACUGGUAGACAUGUAUUCAAAAUGUGAAAGCAUACCAAAGGCACGCAAACUGUUCGACAAGAUGUCUCAACGAGAUCUGGCCUCAUGGAAUGCGAUGAUUAUGGGAUAUACACAAAAUGGGCUUGUUGAAAAGGCCUUGGAAACUUUUAAGCAAAUGCAAUUAGAUGGUAUAAUGCCAAAUUCCGCAACCUUUGCCACCAUUCUCCCAGCGUGUGCCAAAGUGGGAGCUUUGGAACAGGGUAUGGAUAUCCAUCAAUGUAUAAUAGAGUGUGGAUUGUUGUCAGAUGUUGUAGUUGCAAGUGCCUUGGUAGACAUGUAUGCAAAAUGUGGAAGCAUACACAUGGCACGCAAACUGUUUGACAAAAUGGCUCACCAAGAUGUGGUUUCGUGGACUUCAAUGAUUGCAGGAUAUGCACAAAAUGGUUUUUGCCAGGAUGCUCUCAUACUCUUUGAUUCAAUGAAGUGUUCUGGAUGCUAUCCUAACCAUGUAAGCUUCACUUGUGUUUUAUUUGCAUGCAGCCAUGCAGGUUUAGUGGAUGAGGGCUGUAGAUAUUUCAAUGAUAUGAGUGAAUCUUACUGCAUUAUGCCUGGAAUUGAUCAUUACGUGUGCAUGGUUGAUCUUGUUGGCCGUGCUGGCUAUCUUGAGGAAACCCUAAACUUUAUCAUCAAAAUGCCAAUUAAACCUCCCGGUGUUGUGUGGAUGUCUUUGCUUGGUGCCUGUAGAUCACAUAAGAAAAUAGGUUUAGGACUAUUUACAACAAAUAUCCUUGUUGAGUUAGAUCCUAAAAAUGCAGCGACUUAUGUUCAUCUGUCAAACAUCUAUGCAGAUGUGGGUAGGUGGGGUGAGGUUCAUAAAGUUAGGAGAUUGAUGGAACACACGGGAACUAAAAAGACACCUGGGUGUAGUUGGAUAGAAGUCCAUAAAGUGGUGCAUGCCUUUUGUGUAGGAGACAGGUCACACCCACAGACACAAGAGAUCUAUGCAAAAUUGGAGAAAUUGUCUCGGGAGAUGAAGGCAGCGGGAUAUUUUCCAGAUUCAAGUCGUGCACUGAAUGAUGUAGAAGAGGAGGAAAAAGAACUAUUUAUCUGCCACCACAGCGAGAAGUUGGCAAUUGCAUUUGGAUUAUUAUUCGCUGCUCCUGGAACAACUAUAAGAGUCUUUAAGAACCUUCGAGUAUGUGCUGACUGCCACACCGCAACCAAGUUUAUUUCCAAGAUUGUUGCAAGACAAAUUGUUGUGAGAGAUGUAAGCCGAUUCCAUCAUUUCAAACAAGGAAAAUGCUCUUGUGGAGAUUAUUGGUGAUGCGAAGUAGGGUAAGCUGCAAGCAUAGGCUUGCACUGUAAGAAGUUUCUAGUUUCAGAUUUGCAGUGAUAAAAAGGAGUCAAGGUUUAUUUUCAGUUUCUACAAGUGUUUCUUGUAGGCAUUUAGAGAUGGACACCAAACCACUGACUUCAUAAAAUCAGAUGUACAGUUAUGCAAUGGGUAUCAAUGCCUAUAUACACUAAUGGGAUAUUUAUUAAAGUCCUAUUUUAUCAUACAAUACAGAUGUCGUGCCAGCAGGAACUGUGAGAGAAAAGCCUCAAUUAAUGUCAUGCUGGGAAAUGAGGGA